UUUUGCUUCUCUCCCUCUAGCCUCGACAAGGAGUACUGAGUAGUCAAAUCCUGCAGUUGUAGUUGGUAACACUGGCUGCUCCUUUCCCUUGUUGCUGCUAGACUCCGGCAAACCGCGGGGAGGUGCUCUGGUUGAGGUAGCAGCAAGCCAGCCAGACAACCACCAUGACUUCCAGGUUCUUCAUGUCUGACUCCGAGUCGGAGUCAGACUCAAGCGAGGAGGAGAUUGUUCCCGAGCCACCCGGAAUCUCAUCUUCAGUGUUUGUGUUCAGUGAAGAUGAAGAUGAAACUAAAAGAGUGGUGCGUUCAGCCAAGGAGAAACGUUAUGAAGAACUCAAAAAUAUCAUCAAGAACAUCAAGAACUACAAGAAGAAUAGGGAUAUGGCAAGCUUGCUAUCAAGCUUUGAGGAUGUGUGUCGGGCUUACAGCAAAGCCUUACCUGUUGUACAGAAAGAGGAGGGUGGACGCACCCCAAGGUUCUACAUCCGAUGCCUGGCUGAACUGGAUGACUUCAUACAGUCUGUUUGGGAAGACAAGGCUGGAAGGAAGAGCAUGUCAAAGAACAAUGCCAAGGGUCUCACUACCUUACGUCAAAAGUAUCGUAAAUACGCCAAGGAUUACGAGGCAGACAUUGCAGUGUUCCGGGAGAACCCUGAUGCUCCAGACUCUGAUGCUGAGGUGGAGCAUGAUGAACAAGAGGAUGACAGUGAUGAUGACAACAUCAUGGAUCGUGGCCCUGCAGCCUUUGGGAAGGAAGUUGCACCCUCCAAAACUACCAGUAAGAUCACCAAGGGAAGUGAGGAUGAAGAUGACGAUGAUGAUGACAGCUUUGACUGGGGUCAUGAUUCUGAAGAUGAGUCUUCCUCUUCAGACGGUGAUGGCGGCAUAGACUCCCUCAGGAAGAAAUUCUUGAAGGAUAAGAGGGAGCGGGAUGAAGAUGAUUUGAAGAGGAGGAAAAAGAGGGGCCAAAGAGAAAUCAAGACCAAGGAUGAAGAGAGUGAUGAUGAUGUAGGAUGGGAGAGAGUCAAGAAGGGCUCCUCUAUGCCAAUGGAAAAACCAAAAAUGUUUGGAAAGGACGAUGAGAUCAAUGUGACCUCUGUCCACAAAAAACUCAAUGAGAUCAUGGCAGCCAGGGGUAAGAAGGGCACUGAUCGCAAGGAGCAGAUUGAGCUGCUACACGAGCUGCUCAACGUGGCUCGUGACAACAACCUUGGCCCAGCCAUCUAUGUCAAGAUCCAAUUCAACAUCAUCAUGUCCGUCUAUGACUACAACCCCUCUGUCUCAGAUCCCAUGAAGACAGAGUUCUGGGAGAAGGUGCUGGUGAAGAUUGAUGAGCUGCUGGACAUGCUGAUCGAGAACCCUGAACUAACUAUUGGGGAGCAGGUCACUGAGGAGACGGAAAGCUUAGAAAAGACUCCUUAUCUGGUGCGUGGGUGUGUGCUCACCAUUGUGGACCGCAUGGAUGAGGAGUUCAUCAAACUAUUGAAGGCAUGUGAUGCUCACAGCAAUGAAUAUAUUGUGAGUUUGCGUGACGAGAUCCGUGUUUGUGCCAUCAUCGACAAGCUCUUGAAAUACAAGGAGGAGAAGGGAAUGCCAGCCGAUAUCUGUCGUGUGUACCUUCGAAAGAUUGAACAUCUCUACUACAAGUAUGAGCCUCGUGCAGCCAAGCAAGCUGUGGGAGAACUGCCUACUACAGAUGACACCACACUAGCCGAGAUGGACCGCUUAUGCAAGUAUAUUUAUGUGCGAGACAACACAGAUCGUCUCCGAACCCGGGCUGUGUUGUGCCACAUCUACCACAUGUCCCUCCAUGACAAGUGGUAUGAGGCACGUGACCUCAUGCUUAUGGCUCACUUACAGGAGACCAUCCACCACUCUGAUCUGCCAACACAAAUCCUGUACAACCGCACCAUGGUUCAACUGGGACUGUGUGCCUUCCGUCAUGGCAACAUCAAGGAGGCUCAUAAUGCUCUGCUGGACAUCCAGUCUGGUGGCCGUGCCAAGGAGCUGCUGGCCCAGGGGCUUCUGCCUCAGAGGCAGCAUGAGAGGACCACAGAACAAGAAAAACAAGAGAAGCAGCGGCAGAUCCCUUUCCAUCAACACAUCAACCUGGAGAUGCUGGAGUGUGUGUACUUGGUGUCAGCUAUGCUUAUAGAAAUACCUUACAUGGCUGCCCAUGAGUUUGAUGCUCGACGCCGCAUGAUCUCAAAGUCCUUCCAUCACCAACUGAAGAACUCUGAACGGCAGUCCCUUGUGGGGCCUCCAGAAAGUAUGAGGGAGCAUGUGGUAGCCGCCUCCAAGGCCAUGCGUAAUGGCAACUGGAAGCAGUGUAGGAAUCUGCUGCUGAAUGACAAGAUGAAUGCCAAAGUAUGGGACUUGUUCCAUGAAGCUGACCGUGUUAGGAAGAUGCUGGGAGGAAAGAUCCAAGAGGAGAGUCUACGUACCUAUCUGUUCACCUACUCCCAUGUGUAUGACUCCAUCUCCCUGGUGAAGCUGUCAGAUAUGUUUGAGCUGCCAUACAGUACUGUGCAUGCCAUCAUCAGCAAGAUGAUCAUCAAUGAGGAAAUAAUGGCCUCGCUGGAUGAACCAACAUCAUGCCUAGUGAUGCACCGCACAGAGCCAUCCUCCCUUCAGUCCCUCUCCCUCCAGUUGGCAGACAAGCUGUACAAUUUGGUGGAGAACAAUGAGCGUAUUUUGGAUCAGAAGCCCUUUUUCACCCGCGGCAUGCAGGGCGGUGGGUACCGUGACCGCCGGGAAAAGGGCAACUGGGGAGACCGUAGAGACCGCCGAGACCAAAACAUCCACCGCCGUGGUGACAGAGAUUAAGCACCAACGAUUUGCUGUAUGGCCAAGGAAAGGUGCAUAUCAUAAGCAGUUAAUGGCGUGCCUCCCUCUGGACCCCUCUUCUAAAGGUGAUUGGGGCCCACACAUCCAACAGCUAGCCACUCAUCCAGCCAGCUAUCACUUGUCCAUGUUCCUUUGGUAUACUCGUGGAAGUGAGGGAAGAGAGCUGGAUGUGUGGGCCCCACCACUCCAAAGUUGGUUUCUUUGCAAUUUGCAGAAAACUGAAGCUAAGAAUCAUCUUAAAUGUUAUUAUGUAUCCAGAUUAUGAAAAAUUACUGAGCAUAUUAUUCAUUAAAGCUUAUGGUAUGGUAA